ACCUUCAUUGUGGCGGCAUACGAUAGCCAAGGUUAUCUUGCGCCCGAAUUUGACCUCGAUUACCAGUCGUCGCCACUUUAUUCGUACUCAGCGUCGACUGUAUCUGAGCAGACACUCCUUGGUGAUCAGCAAUUCACCCCGCCCAACUACCACGCCAGUGAAUACAGCCCUCGACCUCCCAAUCGGCCCAGGACCGGCGGGCAGAACAAACCACUGGAAGUCAAGGGAGGGGCAAGAAACACUAUUCAAAUGCCGACGCCUGAACCUGCGGCGGAUGCUGCAGAUGGCAUUGCAGCAACAGCUGCUGCCAACAAGCCGAAGCGGGUACGGACCGGGUGCUUGACCUGCAGAGAGCGUCACUUGAAGUGUGAUGAAGGUCUGCCGAAUUGUCAAAAUUGUCGAAAGUCCAGCCGCAUCUGCAAGAGGGGGGUGCGUCUGAACUUUAUCGAUACGACAGUAAAAUCCCCACCUAUGAUUCCACCAACGGCCGAUUGGAAAGUACAUUUUCAAGACGACUCUCGAGAAAUUGCUUCCGAAUACAGAGGUGGUCGAAGUCGCUAUGCUAAGUUCGACCAACAAAGCAUAACUCCUCCACAAGAACAUCCAGUUGAAUACCCUGCCCGACCUAUAAUUCGAGAUCCUUUUGGGGGAGAAGGCAACAACGCACUGCCUCCAAUACAACAACACAAUGUGUUUCAUACGCAUAAUAGACUCGCUGUCAACCAAGACACUGUUCAUUCAAGACAGAACAACCGCCAUCAUUCCCACACAGGCAGUGAUGAAUCUUAUUUAGCUGCACCUUCUUCAGCGACAUUUAAUAACCCCGAACAGCAGACGCCGACCCCACCAAAUGAACCCGGUCGCUGUCUGAAUACACAGGAUGAGGUUCUAUACAUGCAGGUGUUUGUGGAAGAAGUCGGCCUAUGGAUGGACAGUAUGGAUUCCAAUAAGCAUUUUUCCAGGCUUCUACCCUUCCACGCAUUGCGCGAGCCAAUGUUGCUUAACGCUUUCCUUGCAUGUGGUGCUCGACAUCUGACUCUAGUCAAUCCUGUGUAUCAAGAAGACAAGGCCCUUUUCUACUAUGAUACAGCAACCACCCAAUUACUACGGGCUUUACAAAAUCCGGAUAGAGAUACGGACGUUUGUGCGACAACGGCGGUCAUAUUGAAUGUGUAUGAAAUCAUGUCAGAGCGUGCAAUGCAACGUAUGAAUCACAUCGCAGGAGCACGAGCUCUGAUUAAGGAGUGUGGUUGGAAUGCGAGAAGCACAGGAAUUGGAGCAGCAUGCUUUUGGUUGAACGUUGGCAUGGAAUUGUUGAGUUGCCUUCAUUUUAAUUGGAAAUUGGCAUGGGAACCAGACCAGUGGGGCGUGGAUAUGGACUUCCACCAGGAGACGGAGUUUGGAAAAGAAGAGGUGUGGGUUCAUCGGAUGCUCUACCUCGUGGGGAAGAUCGCCAACUUUCGGGCUUCGAUACCACGUUUCCGGGAAGCCUUGCCACAUGACGAAAACAUCCGACUUCAAGCCAGAGCAUCGGAAUGGGAGAGACUUAAGGAUCUAUGUGACAGUUGGAACGAGAAGAUACCUCGCACGAUGCAACCAAUGGCUUACUUGUCCCCCACGCAAAAUGCCUCGAAAUCCGCUUUCCCGGAAGUCUGGUUGAUUAAACGUGCCACAAUCGUUGGACGGUUGUUCUACCAUACCGCAAUGUGUCUCCUUCCACAAAUCCAUCCUUUGAUGCCUAAGGAGGUCGAUGAAUUGCGUAAAAUGCAGUUGCAUCACGCCCAUCAAAUUUGCGGUAUCGUUGCACAUGUCAAAGACAGAGGUGUUGCUAGCGUUGCACUACGUUCCCUCGCCAUUGCGGCAGAAUGCCUUGUAAUUCGUCGAGAACAAGAAGAGGUCCUUGAUAUUUUCGAGAAGAUCCGCGCAGAAACAGGCUGGAAGGUUGGCUUUCUCCACAAUGAGCUGAAGACGAAGUGGGGUUGGCAGCAAGAGGAUCAGAUGCAGCAGCAAAUGGCGGCGCAGCAGAACUCGUUGGCUCAAUUUUUCUCAAAUUCAUCACAAGUUCCUCCUGUAAGCCUGCCACCGGCUCCACCUCCAUCUAUGCCUAUGCCAAGUCGGAUACAAAAUCCGUUGGAGAGGGCAGAUUUUUCGCUGCCGAAUCACCCUUACCAACACGACUAUCGACCUCCAAAUUCACACAACCACUUUGCUCACAACUAUGUAUGA